AUGUAACCAUUCAAAAAUAAUGCCUACAUGUUUUAUGUAUAGAAUCUCUUAUUUAGAAAUUUCUAAAAGUCAAUACUCUAAAGAAGAAGAGAUACUAUCACGACUUGUUCAAAGGAAAGAACUUUUUGUAAAUAAUAUUGA